UCUGGUAUUUUCGUCAAAUUGUGCUGCGACGCAAGCUGCUGCUCGGCUUGUUGCUGAUGUUCGUGUUCUCCUACUUUUUGAUUGGGCCAGCAGAUGUGCUCGACCUGGACAACAUACAGGUGCAUCACCAGUCGAAUGUCCUGGACAUGGAAGCUGUCAAUUCGAACGCAACCACAACGCCACAGCUUAACCUAACCAUCGAGCUUUCCACUAAUCAGCUGAUUGAUCCGCCCACCCCUUUGCCAAAAGGCUAUCUCGUAUACAGCAACCACUGCAGAAUCGUGGAUCUGGAUCCCUAUAAGCGUGAGAUGAUGCGUCACUUCAAGCGUGUCGCCUACAAAGCCUGCAAGUCCCAACCACCACUCACCAGCAUCCACUACAAUGCGACUGCUCAGCGCUAUGUGCUGAACAUCGAUGCCUUCGCCCUGGCCAACGCGAAGAAGAGCAGCAAGCUCAGGUGCUGCUACAUGGGCGUGGAGCGUGCCAGCGAGAUGGAUGUCAACUAUACGCCUUGCGAGAAAUUCAAGAGUGGCGCACAAUUGGCCAAUACGACAGACAGCAUUAUAGUCAAGUGUAAGUCGGAGCGGGAGCAGGUCUAUAUCAAUGGACAUCCCACCAUACCGGAGCGAUAUGCCGUGCGACAGCGACUCGAGAAGUGGGCACACAAAGAUCGAGGUAAGCGUGUGCCCAGCGUUCUGAUGAUAGGCAUCGACAGCAUCUCGAGAGUGAAUCUCAUCCGUGCAAUGCCCAAGACAGCGCAGUAUCUGUACGACAACGAUUGGUUCGAGCUGGCGGGCUACAAUAAGAUCGAUGACAACACAUUCCCCAACAUAAUGGCACUGAUGGUGGGCUACAAUCUGUCGACUGCCAUGAAGCACUGUAGUCCCUAUACGAUAAAUGGCCUGGACAAGUGCGACUUCCUCUGGAAGCUAUUCCAGCGGCAUGGCUAUGUGACGGCCUAUGGCGAGGAUGCGAUUAAGAUCAAUACCUUCAACUAUAUGAAGAAGGGCUUUCAGCAACCACCCGUGGACCAUUAUUUACGUCCGUAUUUAUAUGCGGCGGAGAAGCAGCUCGGUGGCAACAGUGUGCUCGGCAUGCCCCAUUGCGUGGGCUAUGCGACGGAGGCGGAGCACGUCUACAACUAUGCUCAGGAGUUUGCAAGGCGCUAUCACAACGACAGCUUCUUUGGCUUCUUCUGGACGAACACGCACAGCCACAGCGACAUCUCACAGACGAGCUCCAUGGAUGAGUACUUGAGAGGAUAUCUUCAGCGACUGGUGGACCAGGGCACCAUGGAGAAUAGUAUCGUCGUCUUCUUUAGUGAUCAUGGCUUACGCUUUGGACCAACACGUUCCACCUGGUCAGGUCACCUGGAGGAGCGAUUGCCAUUCCUGUUCAUCUGGCUGCCUGAAUUUGUUAGAAAAGCACAUCCAGAGUUUGUGGAGGCACUGCGUCUCAACCGCAAUCGCCUGACCACGCCCUACGAUCUGCACUUGACACUGAAGCACGUACUCUCGCUGACGGGCCGGGUUGACAGCCAGGAGGAUCUGGGUGGGGCCAAGGAUUGUUCGCAGUGCCAGAGCCUAUUGCUGCCUGUUCCGCUGAGUCGUAGCUGCGAGGAUGUUGGCAUUGAGGAUCACUGGUGCACGUGCUGGGCCUACGACAGCGUUUACAAGAACUCCAAGAUAGCGCGACAGCUGGCCAAGCGCGUGGUGCGCUACCUGAACGACUAUGUGAGCAGCUUCCGCAAUGGCAGCAUGGCACAUCUCUGCCAGCCGCUGUCGCUGCAGAGCAUGAGCGCCGCCUACAAGGCGCAUCCGAAUGAUGAUGAUCCCAGCCAUAUAGAGAUCUAUUGGCUCAUCUUCUAUACCGCGCCCAACAAGGCGCUCUACGAGGCAACAGUGCGCUACAAUAAGCUGCUUCCGGAGGACGAGAAUUUGCUAGUGACCGGCUCUGUGAGUCGUCUCAACAUGUACAACGGCGAGGCGGAUUGCAUGAAUGACUUUACCAUCAAAAAGUAUUGCUAUUGCAAGCACAAAGGAGGCUGAAGGAGAUCGGGCCUCCCACAUUGUGGAUAUUAUGAUUGUUUAGGCUUAAGCCCCCAAGUGCCGUUAUUCGUAGUUGUUAAGGGCUUAACGUAGUAGCUCCUCUCUCUAUAUCUAAUCAUUAAAAAGACUCGGAACAUUUCCAGAGCAGCAACGUGAUAAUAUUUACUUACACACAUAUAUAUAUAGAUAACAUGUACAUAACUCAGAAGAAACACUAUAUCUACGAGGUUAGCCCAAAUAAAUAGCUAAACGUUGCGUUAAGUGUAAAAUGUAUCGAUCUACCCUCGCAUUACCCUUUUUGCUCACUCAACUAGCUUCCACUAUUUCUACAUUACGUAUGUGUACAUAGAUCUAAACUCUACAACCAAUUCCCAAUUUGUAUCGUUCAAAAGAGAUUUGCCAAGUUUUCAAUUAUUAUAAAUUUUACAUAGAUUAUAUAUAUUACUUAAGUUUCUCGUAUCAAAUACACAUAAUUAUAGUUAAAGUCAUACUGAAUACAUAUAUGUUACAUUCA